GGACCGACGGGGUUGCUGACCUGAGUGCUCACGCCACCCAUGCAACACUGUUACGCGCCAAGACCAUUCAAGAACCUCCUACAGUUCCGAAAUUAUUUCUUUUUAUUUUAAAAUUCAGAGACGAUUUUCAUUUUUCACACUAGAAACUUUAACUCAUCAUCCACACUACGCGCAUAAUACUAGUACUAAACUAGGCUUUUAGCGGAAUAUGAAACCCUCUCGCAGUCGCAGGCUCAGCUUCUCCUCUUCCUCCUCUUCUACCACAACCGUCACCUACACUCUCCACAAUGAACAACCUGCCCCUCCCACCGCCACCGAAAUUCCCAUCCAGUCCUCUGCUACCCCAAUUCCCAUCACCGUUCACGUACCCCAAUCCACCGCAGCCAUCAAAAUUCAAUCCGCCUACCGGACCCACCUCAUCCGCACUCUCUAUAAAACAAUCGCAGCCGUGCAUUCCGAGGCCGACGAGUUCCAGCGCCUGAUUCAACGGCAGGAAACGGUCGACGCCGUGAGGAGCAGCGAGCGCGAGAAGCUGAGGAUGAACGAGGCGCUGAUGAGGUUGCUGCUGAAGCUGGACUCCGUUCGUGGGGUGGACCCCGCAGUGAGAGAAGCGAGAAGAAAAGUGAGCCGUCGGAUCGUGGGGUUGCAGGAGAUCGUAGACGCGAUUGUUUCAGAAGAUGUUGAUGGCUUUUGGGGAUGUGGAGAUGCUGGGUUUGUGAGGAACUGGGACGACGUCGUUGCGGAGAUGGAGGAAGGUGUGUGCAGGGAGAGAGGGGGUGAGGAGAUGGAGAAGUUUUGUGCUCAGUAUCUGGGGUUUCGCUGCUUACAGAGGUUUCUGCGCGAGCCGUGAUCUAGUGCGUGCGGCCACUGCUGCUGCGUAAUGUGUAAUGUACAGACUGCAUAUGCACACUGCAAAUUGUAAUUGCUAUGCAGAUGCAGUGCGCCUGUUAUAGCUAGUCUUUCUAUUCGUCUAUUUAUUUAUCGUGAAUAAAACCUUUACUUGUAGUAGUUUCAUGAAAUUGAAACGCCUCAAAUUAUUCUCAAA